AGCCUUGUUAAUUAAUUUCUUAUUUUUAGAAGUAGUAGCAUAUAUCUUAUAUAUUAAUUCUGUUACAAUUGAUGUUGUAAAAUGGAACAUUUGAAAGACAGUGAGUUCAAGAAAGAUAAACAUAUAAAGUACUUUAUACGUUGCAUCAAUGCUCUUCCAAGUGCUUAUAUUUCCAUGGACACUAGUAGGAUGACUGUUUUAUUUUUUUCCUUAUCUGGUCUUGACAUCUUGAAGUCAUUGCACAAAUUGCCACAUGAGAAAGAACACAUUAUCAAUUGGAUUUAUUCACUGCAAAUUUGUCCAUCUAAAAAUAGUGAGAACUCCAGUAAAUAUGGAUUUAAAGGGUCGCCAUUUUUAGGAAAUUCGUUUAACAAGGAGGGAUCAUUUUCUGCUUCACACACUUAUGAAGGAUCACAUGUUGCUAUGACGUACACUGCACUGUUGUCAUUGGUAAUACUGAAUGAUGAUCUUUCACGUUUAAAUAAAGACGCUCUCAUAACCGGACUAAAAUCUUUGCAACUAGAAAAUGGAAGCUUUUAUUCAACUCCUGAAGGUAGUGAAAAUGACAUGAGAUUUCUUUACUGUGCUUGCUGCAUUUCUUACAUCUUAAAUGACUGGCGUGGACUGGACAAGUCAAACGCAGUUAAAUAUAUUCAAGACAGCAUGUGUUAUGACUAUGGUAUUUCUCAAGGACCUCAUCUGGAAGCACAUGGUGGAUCAACCUUCUGUGCACUUGCAUCGUUAGUGUUAAUGAACAAAUUAAAUGACUGUUUUACUCCAAUGCAGAUAGAAAAACUAAAAAGAUGGUGUUUAGUUCGACAAAAGAAUGGAUUUCAAGGAAGACCUAAUAAACCUGUAGAUACAUGUUAUUCCUUUUGGGUUGGUGCAUCAUUAAAGUUGUUAGACUCUUAUCAUAUGAUUGACAUAGAAGAGAACCACACAUUCAUACUAUCUACACAGCACCCAAUCAUUGGUGGUUUUAGCAAAUGGCCAGACAUUCAUUCUGAUGUUCUCCAUACAUACUUUGGCUUAUGUGGUUUAUCGUUAAUGAAUUUGUAUGACUUAGAGAAUAUACAUCCUGCUUUGAACGUUAGCGCAAAAGCUCAUAAACAUCUUGUAGAUUUACACAAAAACUGGCAAAGCUCAUGAACAUCUGUUAAAUAAUUUUUAAAAGAAUUUACCCUGUUUGUUUAAUUUAAUUUAUGCAAUGACUGGUUAAAA